AUGCGCAACGAGGCCUCUCCGAGCCACUUUAACCAGCCGCGCAUGCUCAACCAUGCGCGCAGCGGCUCUGAGAGUUCGCCUGUGAUUGGGCGCCUGCCGGAGGGCCCAAAGUGUACGCGUUCCCUCGGCCGUCGGUACCGCCGGGGGCCGGAGCGCCCCGAGGCGCACGGGCGGGCCUCCACGGAUUUCUGCAAGCAAAGCAACAACGUUUCUGGCCAGACAGUGUUUAUGUCCAAAACCACAAGAGGAUUAAAUUUGGAACAAUUUGGAAAAGGGCCUUCUCCAGGUCACUACAACAUCAACAACUCCCUCAUCAAGGUAUCUCCCAAGUGUAGAACAUCUUGCUUCAAGUCAAAGACCUCCCACCUAACAAGGCUGUACAGAUGGUCUCCACUGCAGGACCGCUCCAGCGCUGCCUUGGCCUCAGACAGAGGGCGAUGGACAGAGGCAGAUCCCAAAGGGAUCCCUGGGCCAGCAUUGAUACGAGAGAAGCAGACGCAGGGACGAACCCUGCUGCGGUCUCCUCGCCUUGAGCAGUUCCUGACUGCCUGGGCACAGAUCAGCUCAUCGGGGGUGGAGGCAGAGCUCAGCUCGGCCUGGGCGGAUCGUGUCCCUCAGUGCCCGUUGGCUAAUUGUUGCCAGGCGCCAGCGCUCAUUCACCCAGAGUACUCGGGAAGUGUCCCUCCGUCUACAGCUACGGCGGGAAGCGGCUCCCAGUGCUGCGAGCAGCAGAACCCGGACACCAGAGCAGGGUUCCUCGAGCAGGACUAA